AAUCGCAACCUGCGUAUAACAGCAGCCAAAACCGCCAAGUAUCGCUCGAGUUCCAGAUUUCGCGUUUCGAGUUUCAAGUUUUGCGUUUUGCGUUUUGCGCAGCUGUGAAUAUGCUUGAUAAAACGGCAGCGUUUUGAGAGCUUUAGAAUAUAGGUUUGUUUGAAGCUUGCUUUGUUUGGAUAGUCGAAGAAGGAUGGGGAAGCAGCCGGUGAGGAUGAAGGCGGUGGUGUACGCUCUGUCGCCGUUUCAACAGAAGGUGAUGACUGGUCUCUGGAAGGAUCUACCGGAGAAGAUCCACCACAAGGUCUCCGAGAAUUGGAUCAGCGCCACUCUCCUCCUCUCCCCCGUCCUCGGCACCUACUGGAAAUCGAUUUAAUCAAAUGAUUUAGGUGGUGAAUCACACCUGAUGUUACUAGUCUUCGCAUCGGUGAUUUCGAGGAGUUUAAUUGAUUCACCUUCACUGAACAAAACCUUUUCCAUUGACCUCUGCUCAGAAACCUAUCGACUGUUAUUUGUUGGGAUCUUCGGACAUAUGUAUGUAUUGUUUUCGCUUACAGUUACGGGUCGUGUAUUGUAACUGUCCUCUGAGAAGACAUUACCAUUCUUCUGUUCUAACUUGCCUUGGUGAGCAUGGCUCUCUUGUUAAACAUACCGUCUUGUAAACUGAAUUACGUGGAUAUCUCUCAAGCUAGUUAGUCUCCCGGAACUUUUUGGUGAAUGUGUUUUGAUUUCA